AGAUCGGAGUUACUAGAAUUGUUAUUAAACCAAGCUUCCAAGAGUCCUGAAGAUGUUAAACACACGCCACCAGAAUUCAACUCCGAUAAAUCGACGAAUAUUGAAGUAUUACUGUAUGUGGACAGUAUAGAUAGUAUCAAUGAGGCUCGAAUGGAUUUUACAGUCAGUAUUCUGUUGCAUCUUCAAUGGACAGAUAAGCGAUUGGUUCCCUUCAACGUUCAUAAGCUGUUUGGCAACUUGACGUUUCUGGAGAUAGAUUCCACCAAUAGUAAACGAAUCUGGGUCCCUGAUAUUUUCUUUCCCAACGAAAAGAAGGCAUCAUUUCAUGAUGUGAUGAUGGCUAACCAGAUGAUGAGACUGUACCCCUCAGGAAAAAUUGUUUAUAUUUCCCGGUUAUCCAUGACUCUAAGUUGUCCCAUGAAUCUCAGAAAUUAUCCAUUUGAUAAACAGAGAUGCAGCGUGGAGAUUAUGAGUUUUGGUUAUACGGAAGAUAAGUUACAACUAACAUGGAUUAACGCCAGUAAACCUUUAGAACCUGUGUCUGUUAAUACGUAUGUUGAACUACCACAGUUUGAGGUGACGGGGUAUGGACCUGGAGCUUGUCAAAGAUCGUACCAUAGAACAGGAAACCAGAGUUGUUUACAAGCUAAUUUCUACCUGGAAAGAAAUAUCGGAUAUUAUGUGGUGCAGAUGUACAUACCCAGUGUUCUAAUCGUCAUGUUGUCUUGGAUAUCAUUCUGGUUAACAGUGAACAGUGUCCCUGGUCGGAUCUCACUAGGCGUAUUGACUGUCUUGACAAUGACUACUCAGAGCACUGGAGUAAACAACGCUCUGCCCAGAGUCUCCUAUACUAAAGCUAUCGAUGUCUGGAUGUCUACCUGUCUGGUCUUUGUGUUCUCGGCUCUGUUGGAAUUCGCUGUGGUCAAUGUUUUAUCCAGAAAAGAUGAUUUAAAUGAGUUUUCGUUACGUGGUGUUUUUACUAUUCCAAAAGAUUUAGAAAACGGAGAGGUGUCAGUGCCAUUAGAUCCUUACUCUGAUCCUAAACCAGUACGACGUGGGAUCGUAUACGCAAUGUAUUUAGACGUAGCUUCGCGGAUCAUAUUCCCAAGUAUAUUUAUCCUGUUUAUAAUAUGUUAUUGGGCGUAUUACAUC